AUGAAAGAUGUAAUAUGUAUGAACUACAAAGAGUGGCCUACACGUUGUUAUUUGAAUACAAAUGGUAAUGUUGAUCAAGAUAAGAGUAAAAGAAAAGUUCGUACUGGCACUGAAAAUUAUGAUGAAGUCAAAAACGAUAUUUAUUCAAUAUUAGUCUCCUCUUUACCAGUCGAAAAUGGUCUUUCAUUCACAGAAUUAUGUCAACAGUAUUCAUUGAAAAAUGAUGGUCGAAAAAUGCCUUUUGAACAAUUAGGUUAUGCAACUUUGACAGACUUAUUGAAAACAAUGUGGGAUGUUGUAAGAAUCCAAGGACAGCGAUGUUAUUUACGAGUUGAAGAGACAAUGAAAGUUCACCAGAAGAAAAAGAAACAUAACAAAUAA